AUGGAUCUAGCGCCAGUGUACGGUAUAACUUCGCAGACGAUCAACCAUGGUUCCCGGUUGGCCAAGGGGACAGUGAAUUACAAAUAUGUCGAUGAGACAGCCGACAUAGCUCGACAAUAUUUAGUGGAUUUGAGUUUUGGUUACAGUACCAAUGCAUCGUCGCACUUGGCGUCAGAGACACGCCGACCUGUGGCUUCUCCCUGGCAGCCAGAUCCCACCGAGCCGUCUAUGCUCAGUGAUACUGGCAGACCACAUUCCUCCAACCAGCCUUUGCUGCCGCAUGAACCCAGCAGUUCUCUGGCUGGGCACUCGCCGUAUGCCCUGCAGCUGCCGGAGAACCAGUCCUCACUCUCGUCUGCCUCGACUGGCUUCUCGCACAGCAAUUAUUCGUCACCUGGGUCAAGAGAUUUGAUCACAGUUGAGAGUGGAUUCCCUAGUCUUGAUGAAUAUGAGGCGUGUCUUAUGCGAUAUUUUGUUCUUCAGCUAGCUCCUUGGUUUGAUAUUUGCGAUGGAGAGAGGCAUUUCGCUUGCACCGUGCCAUUGCGGGCUCGAACAUGCCCACCAUUACUCAACGCAAUCUACACUGCUUCAGCAAGGCACUUGAGCCGGGUUAAACGGUACUACUACGGGAAUCAAGUGCACUAUGGAGGUAAAGUCCUUCCAAACCUCACACCAGAAACGGCUAUUCGCUACCACAACGAGUGUAUUGCGCACUUUAUGUCGCUUUCAGAACACUCACGCGAGACUCAGAAUGAGAACCUACUGGCAGCAGCUGUGAUCCUUCGCUUCUACGAGGAAGUGGACAGUAAGAAUCAAGCAGCCACCAAACUGCUAUCUUCGCUGACUCUUACAGUCCAAUACAUGGGUGAAGACAUUGAGAAUGCCCUCCGCGGAAUCCAAAUAUUCCUCGAUGCCCAAGCAAUGUCCGCAGUAGCGGGGUACGGCCUCCGUCACGCCGCCUACUGGAUCGCACUACGACAAGAAAUCAUCACAGCGUUCAGCAAACAACGAAGUUUCCGUUUACCACUCGGACCAUGUGAGCCCUACCGCUCCUUCGAGCCAGCGGAUGACUACGUCUGGGCAGACCGCUUAGUUAUCCACUGCGCCCACGUUCUGCAAUACUGUUUUGGAUCUGAAGAGGAAAACCCCUCAUCAGACCGCCAGCUCUGGAGCAUAGACGGUCUACACUCCCUCACGGCCACUGAUCUGCGGAUAGCCCGCUACGAUGAACUCGUCGCGUUUGAGGCUCAUUGGGCCGAGCUCGGCCCGCCUAGUUUCAAACCUAUCUACGCACGGGAACCAGAUCGAUCACGCGGGGAGGUCUUCCCCGAGCUAUGGUAUCUAAAUAACUGCCACGUCGCUGGGUUGCAGUUUUUAGAGCUUGCACGCAUCUUACUGGCGGUAUAUAACCCUAAACUCGCACGGUUAGGUCCUCAUCAACGAACGGGGAUGCGGUCGGUGGAUCUAAAAGUGCGGGAGAUCUUAAUACGGCUGUGUGGGAUCGCCCUCUCUAAUCAACAUAGCCCGCCCAGUCUCGUGACUGCGUCCGUCGCAAUUGGGAUGUGUGGAGACCGAUUUACCGAUCGGCUCGAGCAGGAAGCGCUACUGAGUGUGCUGGUGAGACUAGAGGACGAGCACGCCUACCCCACGAACAACACACAGGAAUUGUUGAAGGAGGCGUGGGAGUGGAAUGUAUCUGAUGUCUCGUCCUAG